UAAGCCGUAGAAACAACACUGCACAAAGACGAACACAAACGGAGAUCUACAACACAAAAAGGGGAUCUUUGUUCCUCCGGCAUCCGUAUGUGUAGAGUGUUCUCACUUUUCAAUUGAUACACCAUUACGUCCCGUUAGGGUUUCAGUUUCAAACACUAAAAUCCCCAUUCAAUCACCGUUAUGUAUAACAAGAGUGGCACCAAAUGGCAGAAGCGAUUCACCAAGAUGCAUAACAUCAGGUUACCAUUAUUUAUCACUAUUAUAGCUCUAAUAUUUGUAAUUCUAGUAUUAGGGAUCGAUAAGAAAAAACCUAAUUCUCAAUUAAGGUUAGGGUUAGCAAAUAAAAAAGAUACCAGUUUAGAUCCAACGGUCAAAAUCUUGAAUGGCACUGAAGUAAUUUGGCAAAUCCCUGAUUCCCCAAGAUCAAUUUUGUUUAUAGCUCAUGGGUGUAAUGGUAGGGCUGCUAACUUUUGGGAUAAAUCCCCAAAUUGUGAUCAUUGUGUCGGUCUGCCGGAAGAAAGGGCGAUUGUUAUUGAAGCGCUUGCACGAAAGUUUGCUGUGGUUGCGGUUUCGAGUAGAGGCAAGUGCUGGUCGCUCAUGAAGGAGACAUUUGUUGUUGAAAGGGUUAUUAAAUGGUGGGUUAAGAAACAGAAUCUUGAAAGUUUGCCACUUGUCGCUUUGGGGGCUUCCUCGGGUGGUUAUUUUGUUUCGAUGCUCGCGAGUAAGAUGAGGUUUAGUAGCAUUGUUGUUAUGAUUGCUGAAGGUGUGUUUGAGGAUAUUGAUGUUACGAAAGCCUACCCGCCUACACUUUUUGUUCAUAUGCCGAAAGAUAAGCGCAGGAAGAAGUUGAUUGAUGUGAAUCUUGAAGUUAUGAGGAGGGAAGGUGUGGAUGUUGCUGAGAUUAAGUGUCUUGAGUUGCCUUUAUCACCGACUUUUCUUGCUGAUAGAGUUCCGGGUCUUGACCGAAGGAUUUCAGAAGAGUUGUUUGAUAUGUUUAAGGAGAAGGGGUUUGUCGACGAGAAAGGAUACUUGGUGAAUGACGGGCGGGUUAUACCUUGGAAAGAAGCUAUGAGUGAGAGGAAGUUAAUUUUAGCUAAUAAGGUUUUGGUGAAUUACAUUCAGGAGGAACUGAAUCUUGCAUUUGCAUAUCAUGAAAUGACUAGCUUGCAAUCUGAGCAAAUGUUUAAUUGGUUUGAAUCUCAUUUGUGAUGAAGAAUAUGAUCUGACACUGAGUAGCAUUUGAGGAAGUUGUGAAAAUUUUAAUGGUAAUCUUAGUCUUUGUUGUAUUAUAUGAAUAUGAUUUGUGUUUUCUUGUUAGGGUGCUAACUUACAUGUACACUGAAAUUAUGAGAGAAUGAUGAGAUUCUAUUCUUAUGCCUGUUUAAAA